CGGGCGUGCGGACUUCCUGGAGACGAGCCCCAGGGGCGGGCAGGGACCUGGCAACGGCCGCGGAGCUGCCGGGAUGAACGUCGGCGUGGCGCACAGCGAGGUGAACCCCAACACGCGGGUGAUGAACAGCCGGGGGAUCUGGCUGGCGUAUGUGAUCUCUGUGGGAGUCCUCCACGUCGUUCUCCUCAGCAUCCCAUUCUUCAGCGUUCCUGUGGUCUGGACACUCACCAAUGUCAUACACAACCUGGUCAUGUACUUGCUGCUGCACACAGUGAAGGGGACCCCCUUUGAGACCCCGGACCAGGGCAAGGAUCGCCUCCUCACACACUGGGAGCAGAUAGACUACGGGACGCAGUGCACCUCGUCACGCAAGUUCCUCAGCGUCUCCCCGGUAGUGCUGUACCUCCUCACCAGCUUCUACACCAAAUACGACCCUGUGCACUUUGUCGUCAACACAGCCUCCCUGCUCAGCGUCCUUCUGCCCAAGCUGCCCCAGUUCCACGGCGUGCGGGUCUUUGGCAUCAACAAGUACUGAGGCUUCCAGUGAAGCCGGGGGACAGAGAGGGGACGCAGGAGCGGUGCGAGACACCAGCUAGAGAGCAGGGGUGAGGCGUGAGGAGGGCUGGGCGCAGGGCAGGGACUGCUCUAGCUUUUAGCCAGGGUUUUAGCCAGGUUCCUCCAUCUCAGAGAAGCUCCUCGCUAGGACCUUUAUCUCUUCAGUGAAGCGAGAAGCGCAGCUGAGUGGUACAGAGCGAGCAGUUGCAUCACGUGCGUGUUUCCUUCAAGCUAACCUCCGUGUAACCCUGCAGAAAGCACUUACGAGGGGAGAACUGCUGACUAGUGGGAAGAGUCGCCCACCUACACCUCCCUCAUCCUCAUGUUUUAUAGAUUUCCACCACAAUAAAGAAAUUCAGCGACAGGAGCGGCCUCCUCGCAGUGGGACCAGCCCCGGCUCACAGCUCCCUCCCACCUCUCCCCGCACAGACCAGCCAGUCUUCUUCAAACUGUACUUUUAAUUUAACAAAAGUGAUAAGAAAAAGGUACACUACCAUUUAAAACCCAGCUGCUCUGGGAGUACAAAAAGGUUAGCGAAAAGCAAUCGUGGCCUGCAGCAGCGUUUCUCAGGGUGUUUCAGCUCGGCUGGGGGGGUGGCCAGCUCCCCCUGAGCACCCGGCUCCGGUCGGUGGCAGGCCAAGAGCCUCGCACAGCCCCCAAGGGCUGUUACUCCCUGCUAAGGACCGGCGCAGCUGCCAUGCCACUGCCCAGCCCACGGUUUGGAGAGCUGGGAAACGCCAAACGCUUGGUGAGGUGCCGGACACUCAUAUGUCUCUUGGCAAAAACUGUUCGCGAUACAACUCAAGAUAUUGGUGGCAGCGCGGAACCAGCUCCUGCCUCUGGACUUUGCUUUUUGUAAAAAAAUAAUAAGCUGCUCUCUGUCCCCGGCGCUGAGGGAGGGGGACGAGGGUCCCUCAAGCAAAGUGGAGGCAGGAAAAGCAAAACUGGCAUG